CAGCAGCAGCAGCAGUCGGGCGCGCCGACCGAAGCAUGCUCCAGCGCAGUCAUGACUUGCUCGGCGUCAGAUAGCGAGAAGAUCGUGAUCAACUGCGGCGGGAUCCGACAUGAGACCUACCGGAGCACCCUAAAGACGCUGCCGGGUACGCGCUUGUCUUGGCUGACCGAACCCGACGCCUUCAGCAACUUCGACUACGACCCCAAGUCCGACGAGUUCUUCUUCGACCGCCACCCGGCCACCUUCGCCUUCAUCCUCAACUACUACCGCACCGGCAAGCUCCACUGCCCCAAUGAUGUGUGCGGGCCGCUCUUCGAGGAGGAGCUCGCCUUCUGGGGCAUCGACGAGACGGACGUGGAGGCGUGCUGCUGGAUGAACUACCGGCAGCACCGCGACGCCGAAGAAGCCCUGGACAGCUUCGAGACCCCCGAGCCGGACGCGCCGGAGGACGACCCGGCGCUCACCGGCGGGGCGGACGGCGACCUUAAGCGGCUGUGCAUGCAGGAGGACGGCCGCAGGUCGACGAGGUGGGAAGUGUGGCGGCCCUACAUGUGGGCGCUGUUCGAGGACCCGUACUCCUCCAAAUACGCGCGGUAUGUGGCGUUUGGCUCGCUCUUCUUCAUCCUCCUCUCCAUUUCCACCUUCUGCCUGGAGACCCACGAAGCCUUCAACACCAUCUACAACAAAACAGAGAAUGUCACUGUCGGCAACGUGACGCAUGAGGAGAUAGUGUACGAGGUAGUCACAGAUGGCUGGCUGACAUAUGUGGAGGGCGUCUGCGUCAUUUGGUUCACCAUCGAGGUGAUGGCACGUGUCGUCUUCUGCCCUGACAAGGCAGAGUUCUUCCGCUGCACCCUCAACAUCAUAGACUUUGUGGCCAUCGUGCCCUUUUACCUGGAGGUGGCGCUGAGUGGCCUCUCCUCCAAAACAGCCAAAGACGCGCUGAGCUUCCUGCGCGUAGUGCGCUUUGUCCGUAUCCUGCGUAUAUUCAAGCUGACCCGCCACUUUGUCGGUUUACGGGUCCUGGGCCACACUCUGCGGGCAAGCACCAAUGAGUUCCUGCUGCUCAUCAUCUUCCUUGCGCUGGGCGUCCUCAUCUUUGCUACUAUGAUCUAUUAUGCCGAACGCAUCGGUGCAGACCCCGACGAUCCAACAGCUGCGGCCCACACCAACUUCAAGAACAUCCCCAUCGGGUUCUGGUGGGCUGUGGUGACCAUGACCACGCUGGGCUACGGGGAUAUGUACCCUGAAACAUGGUCAGGAAUGCUGGUGGGUGCCCUCUGCGCCUUGGCCGGUGUGCUGACCAUCGCCAUGCCUGUGCCCGUCAUUGUCAACAACUUCGGCAUGUACUACUCCCUGGCCAUGGCCAAGCAGAAGCUCCCCAAGAAGAGGAACAAGCACAUCCCCCGAGCGCCACAGCCCGGCAGCCCUAACUACUGCAAGCCAGAUGCCCUGGCCAUGGCGACCGCCUCGCCGCACAGACUGAUGGGCAAUGUGCUCGGGCCGGGCAUGGUGGGAUCUGGCAGCAUGAUGGGCACUGGAGACUGCCCACUGGCACAGGAAGAGAUCAUCGAGAUCAACAGGGCAGGUUCCAAGCCGAAUGGCGACGCUGCAGCCAACGCGGCCCUGGCCAACGAGGACUGCCCCACCAUCGACCAGGUCCUCGGGGACGAGCGCAGCCCGGCCACGGGGGGCCUCGGCUCCACCACCAGCCGAGAGCGCUACCCGCAUGACCGGGCCUGCUUCCUCCUCAGCGCCGGGGAGUUCCAGCGCACGACGGACGGGAACGUCCGGAAAGCCACGGGUUAUGAGAAGUCGCGCAGCCUCAAUAAUAUCUCCGGGAUGACGGGCGCCCCGCUGCGCCUCACCCCCAUCACCAACUCUACCUUCGAGCCCUUCGAGCCGCCUGGUCUCAGGCGAUGCCGCUCCCCCAUUCCCUCCAUCUUGUAGCAUAGCCGACAGGGAGACACAAACAGCAAAAUGUCAACAACAACAGCAACAAUACAAUUUUGAAUGUUUUGGGUUGUUUUUCUUCUUUUUUUCCUUUUUUUCUGGGGAACAUGCAAGGAAAGCAUCAACAUGGACAUUUGAUUCAUCCUAGCUGCUCCUUCAUUCCCAUUACUCACAUUUCCCUCUUGAUAGAAUCAACAAGGAAUUAGCGGUCCUCUUCUAGGCACCAGAAAGUCCUAUUUUAAAACCACAGCAUAUCUAAAACUUGCCGAUUAAGCUGAGAUAGACGCUUCAGCAAAUGUAUUUGAAAAAACACGAGCACACCUGCCUUACUAACAGGGAUAGAGUAGGUUAGUUUAGAUGGAUGUGGUAGUUGAGUUAGUGUGCCUCUAGCUUUCCCUAUGCUACUUCUUGCCUGUAUCUCGACACUGCACUCACACUUCAAUGCUUUAAGACUGACAGUUAAGAGUAGCUAUGAAUAAGGACUAGUAUUAAGCCUCAGAAUGCGCACACACACACACACACACACACACACACACACACACAUUGACACUACCAUAUUACUGCAGCAUGCAUGUUUUUACUCAUGAGAAUCUCUAGAAUAACAACAUAUGGUAUACCUUCAAGUAGUAAAAAAACAACAUUUUUGUAUACUUCAAGUCAAAUUCAUACCUCUAAAAAGAUGAAAUACCCCAAACUGUAGCGCCUCCGCACCUUUUGAUAAAAGCCUGUUGUGGUGCAUUGAGUCAAAACGACCUCUGUUACACAUACACGCACACGUAGUUAGUUUGUUCUCAGUGUAUCCCUUUAGUACAGGGAGAGAGGGACUUCAAUUAGAUUCUACGUACAUCAACUCUAUAACCAACGUAUGAAAGCUGCAGCAUCCCGUCCUCUUCUCUAUUUCUGCUUCCUCCUCUGGCCUCAGACUCUGCUUAGACCCUAAACACAACACUCAGAGAACUGCAGGAGGACUUGAUGAAAAAUGAUUUUUAAUACCGUGGACAGCUGGGGAACAGGUGUCUCUGUCAGGGUUGGUCGCAGGUCAUAGGACAGUAGUUCCCAACCUGGAACCCCCGAGAGGUUGCAAAAAAAACACAACAGUUAAGAGUUGAUAAAAAAAGGUAGCAAAUUAGCUCAAAUAUGACAUGACAUUUUAUUUGUUUUUACAUCUUUGCAUUUUCCUCAUGAAUUACUGGAUACUUGUUACAUUUACUGACCUAAAAGUAAAACAAUUUCAAUAUACAGAUGUAGACGCAGCCUAUGUUAUCAACCUGUUUAUGCACAUAGUGUUGAUCUGCAGUGAAAAUGCACCCACAUUGGUAAAAAUCCCCAAAAUGUUGAGAAUCACUUUCAGAGAGGAUUAUAGGAGGUUAGGGGAGCAGAGUGUUGGUAGCACUAAGCCUGGGCUAGAAACAUAUUUUGCAAAAUAAAUGGACAAAAGCAGCUAUAGGAAAUAGAAAUAUCUGUGAACAUGUGUAGACUUUGACUUUUAACCUCACAAAGACUUUCGGUGAAGGAGCAAUAGGGUCUGAUCUGGACCAGACCGUCACUCUUUACCUCCUCUCCUUGCGUCCUCACUCGGGCUUUCAGUACAAAAAGGAUUAAGGAUGAGCUGCAAAGUAGGAACAAAGGGAAGAUCAUUCUCAUGUCUUCUUCUAUUUAAUUAUCUUUACUUUUGCUUUCAUUUAGUCAUUAGCUAAGGUUUAAAGGAACAGUACCAAGAAAGUUGAUUUGGUUUCUUAUAGAGAGUGAGAUGAGAAGAUUGAGAGCAGUCUCAGAGUCUGCACGUAAAGUACUAAGCCGGAGUCGGGAUGCAGUUAUCCUUGCUUAGCAUAAAGCCUGGUAGCAGGAGGAAACACCUAGUCAGGCUCUGUUAAAAAAUACACCUACAAACUAAAAGUUGUUUUAAAAUGAUCAAAAAAGGCUCUGUCCGAAAUAAAUAAGUAAAGUAAUUAACAAAGAAAAAGGAUAAUUUGUGGUUUUAGGUGAUGUUGACAUGCUAAAAGUACAAAGAAGACCACACAGGUGCAGUGACUGUGCACACUUUCUGUGACUUUGUUGUCACAAUGAAGUUGCCAGGUUUGCUACCAUCAUACCUUAAACAGUGCCCACAUGUGCUCAACAACCUUAUUAUUUGGCAUCUUUGGAUGGAUAAACUCUUGUUUAUCAAGACAUAGCUUCAACAGAAAACUGACACCUGUUCGGAUCAGCCGACCAUACCAAUGGACAGAACCUUUCUAAGUAUAGAUCUAUAAUUACUGUCAUGUUGCUCCAACCAAAUGCACAAACAUAUUUGAUUGGGUUUCUUUAAGCCAAUCACAGUGUUCCACAUCGUCUUAAGUGGACUGCAGUUAAAGCCACACACCCUUUUUCAGCAAGCAUGGCCAAACGUCAAGAAUGUUGUGGCUAGACGGUUACCCUCCAUUUACAAGAUGACGACCUAUCCUAACCUUUACCAUUCAAGGUCAAUGCAAAAACCGUAACGUUGUAAAGUCAAUGUCUAACGCCUACCCUCACCAAGUCAUGCUCAAAGUCUAACCUCAACUACUCAAGGUCAAUGCCUCAACGACUCAAGGUCAAUGCCUCAACUACUCACGGUCAAUGCCUCAACUACUCAAUGUCAAUGCCUUAACCCAACCAUCUCACGAGAGUUUCUCAAAUCAAGGGUUACCAUCUAGACAUGACCCAUGAGGCGAGGAGGCAGUGUAAGGCCCAUUUCAAUCUGUUAAUCAUAUGUUAAAGUACAUCAUUUGUGUUUAAACUGUAUUUAAAGUGAACAUGGUAUUACAUAUAUCAUAUGAAAGAUUUAUGGCUUUUACCCCAAAGAAUGUGUUCAUUGGAAUGGUUGGGUGAUCUGAAUGACACCUGAAGGGAAAUGAAUAGAGAAAUACUUUUAAACUAUCUCUUUAUUCAUUGAUAUGAGUUAAACAUUCAUGAGAACUAAAUAAACUCUUUGUUUGUUUGUUGAAAAAAGGUAACAGAUAUUUAUUGAUAUAUUUAAUGAGGUGUUUGUAUUUGGAUUCAGAUUCCAUUAGACUCAACAUAAAAAAUAACACAUUGUAAAGUAUUUUGAUUCUUCAUUAUUAUUGCUAUAGAUGUUGUAUUAGUGCAUUUAGAGCAGAAAUCCAGCAUUACAAUAUGUCUUUAUUUGGGUUCUAAAUGCACCACAGAGUCCUUUUCUUUGUCUAAAGAGUAAACAAACCUGUUACAACGUCAUCAUUUUAAAGCAACUUUUAGUUUGUAGGUGUAUUUUUUAACAGAGCCAGGCUAGCUGUUUCUCCCUGCUUCCAGUCUUUAUGCUAAGCUAGGCUAACCACGUGCUGACAAGAGAUUGACUUUCAUCUUCUCACAACAUUUUCAGACAGAAAAGCAAAUUAGCAUAUUUCCAAAAUUGUUGUUGAACUAUUCCUUUAUGGUGGCAGGGUAAUGACUUUCUCUUUAUCUGGGAAAGGAUUUUGGACAUUGCAGCUUAGCCCGAGUGUGAGAAGCGUGAUUUUCCUCAAGUCUGAGUUCAUCCCACAACCAUCACCACCACCACCACUGCCACCAACAGCGUUAUUACUUGCACUGACUCCAGUGUGACUCAGCAGCCAGUGGCAAUAUUUUUAGUUUUUGGCUUCUCUUUCUUUCCCUGUUUUUGCCCCUCCUAAACCCCCCAACCCCCCCUCCCCCUCCCCCAUCCUUUUCUGUCCGUCCACCUCUUCUAUGUUUUUCGGCUACGGCUGCUCAGUAGGAGGCACUGUGAACGGCUACUGGAGCGACAGCCCGUGGUAGAGGAAGAGUGGACGACACACACCACAAGGGCAGAAGCAAGAGAACAUGACAACAGAGACAGCAUACAAACAUAGAAAUAUGCAAUGUAGAUAAAUGAGACAGUGGCGGUUGGACCUUGGUGUUUCUGUUCAGUUAUGGUGUGUCUGCAGCACAUGUGGAUGUUUGUGUGGGCAUGAGUGUGUAUGUGUGUACGUGCCCGGACCUGCAUCUACCUCUCUACUAAGAUGCACAACUUGGAAAAAUACUUUUUUUUUGCUUCCACAAGACAGAAAGGAAGAAAUCAUUCUUUCAGUUUAGUUUUGAUAUUUUUCAAUUAACAAGCUUUGUGUGAUCACAUGAUGAUGUCAUCUUUCUGUCACUAAGUGUACUUUUUUUUUUUUUCCUAAAUAUGUGUUGUUUCCUUUUUGUUUUAAACUGUAAUUUUCUGAUGUUGCAAGAAAUGUUAUUGAUUUAUUGAAGAACAACAAUGUCAGAUUUGUUCUUUGUUUUAGACAGUAAUUAUGUGUCUGUUGGUUAAGUGUUUAAGUCCCUUGUACUCAUCUCGUGCUCUCACUUUCCUGCUCCCCCGCCAGAAAGUAACAGAUAGCUUUCAGUCGGAUGCAAAUCAUGCCCUUUGAGUUGCAUUAGAUUCCCAUAAGAGCACUAUCACUAACCGCCGAGUGAACAUAGACUCCUUUUUCAGAGGAGGGUUCUGUGCACUGAGGUAUCUCCUUCCUGUUACUUUUUUUUGCAUUGAAGCUGGGAGUAUUGGAAGGUAAGAGCCCCACAUGAGGAGACUCUGUCACUGUUGAUUUAAAGAAUCAGUUCAACAUUUUGGGGAAUUAUGAGCUGUAGCCAGGAAGCGACGAGCCAAGUUUAGAUUCAAGACUUGAAGCAGAGGAAAAAUAGCUAGCCUAGCUACACAUUAUAUCAUUCUGUUUAACAUGCAUAGAACACAAAUAUGCUUUUUUUGGUGCUCACCAAAAAAAUAGUAACAGCACACAUAUCCCCAAUUUGUAAUUUUUACAAUUUACAACUUUUAGCGAGAGCUUGUUAAUAAAGUGAGCUAUAGAGGAGUUGAUAUGCAUUUUAGUUCCAGGCUAGCUGUUUCCCCCCUCAUAAUGCUAAGCUACUGUAAUUGCCUCCUUAGCUCUGGCUCAUCUCACUCUCAAAGGAUAUGAAUAAGCGGGGGGGGGGGGUUGUCGAGCCAGCUCUUUAACAUUAUGUGACCCUGAUUUGUGGUCACGCAGGGUUUUCUGUUUCCUGAUUAUUCUCAUGCUGAUGCCGGGCAUCACUAUCCAGUUUUUGCUAGUUGGAGAAUCAUUUUAACCCCCAGUCCUGUUAGCACACCACACACACACACACACACACACACACACACACAUAUAGAUGUGAACACACACUCCAGUUUCUCUACUGAGUCUGUCUAUCGUUUCUGAACAUUUCAUCUUCUCUUCAUCCUCCUCUCCCUUCCCAUCGUUCACUUGUUGUUGCGUCUGCCGCUUCCCCAAAGGCCACUGCUGAUUGGUUGCUUUUGUCCCGGUGAUUGUACAUAUGUAAAGUUUGCGUUGUAUAUGAAUCUGCAUGGGUUUCCAUUGCAAGCAAUAAGGAUACUGAUAUGACUAAUAAUGUGAGGAGGUUUGAUAAGAUUUUAGUCUGGAGCUUAAUGAAUGUGUAUAUAUCGUUUAGACUACUAAGAGUGUGUGGAUGUGUGUGUUAAGAUGCAUACAUAUGCACUAACAAAGCAUGCAGGACAAAAAAAUGUUCACCUCUUUGAAUGCAAGAAGAGGGAGGACGGGCUGACAUUAUGCAUGCCGAAAUGCUAUGAUGCUAUUGGUCGGAAGAGACCAAGUUAGGUACUGUAACGGGGCCGGGUGGGGGUGGGAAAGUUUAUUUUUGCAGGACGGGGCGGGGUUACAUUUCUGGUAGGUCUUGUAUAGCUGCUUUCUUAUCAAAACUUGAGAGACUUAUGAUAAGAGAAACAUAUUAACAAUCGUAGCUUAUGAUAUAUUUUUUUUCUUCUUUUUUUUUGCUUCUCUUUUCACAGAGAACUGUUCUGAAAGCCCCGCGCUUAUCAGAUAUAUGCAAAAAGAAGCAGUAACUGUGAACUAACGCUAACACAUGAAAAACAAAUCCAGCUUCUUCCAUCAUUGUCUCGACUCCUCUUCUGCAAGAGAGGAGAGAGACCGUUCUCCUCCCCAAGAUACCUCCUCACCUAAACUCCCCUCUCUGUUGUCUCAUUCGACCGCUCCUUCCUUAUCCGUCUGUGACUUCAUUCUGCCCCACCUCAUGUUUCAUUUCUUUCCGUCCUCUUCUAUUGUCUACACUUGCAUUUAAAGUGCAGUGAGUUCAAAAGAAGGAUACCUCUGCAAUGUGAGAAUGCAAUGAUUCAACACAAGAUCCUAAAAACAAACAGGGCCAGAUUAACCUGCCAGGGUUCCUUCGGGCACCUCUGAGCUGCGGGCCCCUUUCGAGUGAACCCACUCCAACCCGGUUUCUAUUUAAGUUUGAUUUAAACUGAUUGAAUGCAAAUGUAUUUAACAAUACUCACCAUGUAAGCAUAAUGCAGUAUCGGACCGUAUAUAAGAUGACCUUGAUUAUAAGACACAAAACCCUUUCUGGCUUACUUUUCAGACUAGUCUCUUGUAAACCUGAAAUACUUCCAUUAAAGCAGAAUAUAAAUCACGCGGCUUGUCUAUCAGUCAGCAUUGCACUGGUUCCCUAUACAAAGGAACCAAUGGAAUUCCUCCAUUAUUUCAGGAAUCUAUCCCAAAAACCCAUUGACUUUGAGAAGAGGGAACUGCAAGUCAAAAAAUGCUGAAAAACUCAUUUCCAGGUAUUAGGACUCAUCCCUGCAGCACUCAAUACCUUCCAUUAAAAAAGGAAAUGGAUGUUGCGAAUGCAUACAUGUCUAAUCCUCAAACUCCCACUUUUUCAAACAUAAUGCCUCGUUGUAUAUUCUGGCCAAUUCAGUAUCAAAUGCAACAUCAGGUCAAAGACCUUAAAGACCCCAUGGAAUAUCAUUACUUCCAUUGUGCUGUGUAAUUCCUGCUGAAACAAGUCCAUAGGUGUAAACCAGGCAGAUUGAUUUGACAGAACUGUCAAAACGCGAGAUCAUUGAAAACCUUUUUAAUGACUUACCAUUUUAGUUUAUAUUGUGAAAAUAAAAAGAAUUGUCUCUGAACCCAGGGUUUUGCAGGACCAAUGUUCUUGUUGAGUCUGCUUUAGUGCUGCAUAGCACCAUUGAUUUAUUUUAUUUUUUUUACCCCAAAAGAUCUUUGAAGUCACAUUUACUACCUAGUGAGAAACCACACUGCAGAGGCACCCUUCGAAAUUUCAAACUAUUUUUCUUCUUGAAUUUCUUAAGCUUCUGCCCCUCGUUUCCUUUCCAAUGUUCCUCUCCUCUCCAUCAAUUCACAACUCAGGUAUCUCUUUCUCAAUCUCCCCCUCUGUGCCCCCAUGGUUCCUGUCCACCCAUGUUUCCUUUAAGAUGUACUGUAUGUAUUAAGGGAGAGAUAACAAACAAAAAAAGUCAAGUUGUCCUCUCUCUUCUGUCCCUGUGAAUUCCAUGUGCUCUGUUUUGUGGCUCUUCCCCCUCCUUUAAAAAAAAUGCUUGUCCAACUGUGCUUCCUGUCUUCUCUUUGUGUGGUUUCUGCCCCGUCUCUCCGCCCUUUCCCGAUAACCGCGUCCCUCUUUUUGAGAGACUUUAUGCCCCCAUCCAUCCCCCCACCGCCCUGAAGUCUCUCACAGCGAAAACCAAAAAGGGAGUCAAAUUGGAGCACCUUCGCAUUGAAAAAAAAAAGAGAAAGGUUUGGCCAGACACUGGAUUUCACCGAGGAGGAAGACAGGAACGGACAUUUGAAUGAAUGAAAAAAAAAAAAGACUAUGUAGAUUGGGGGGGGGGGGGUGCUGUGAAAUUAUGUGUUCUGAGUUCUGAGAUUGUCAGCCGAGCAGCGUCAGAGGGAGGAGAUGGAGGAGGAAAAAGUUUGGGGAAGACAGAAAAGUAUGGUGAUGAUGAUGAGGAGGAAAAAGAGAAAAGAAGCAGAAAUCGCUUCUCCAUGUAAGAAUGUGUACCUCACCGUUGUUCCUGUGCACUGUCUUUGCUCCUUGUGUCGUGUUUCCUCACCUGUGCGUGAUUCAGUGUUGCUGUGACAUUUUCGUUUCUGUGUUCUGUGUGUUCCCUGUGUUGUGUGCCGCACUCUUGUUUCCUUACCUUAUUGUCUUUUGUGUGUACCACACCUGGGUCAAACAGCCUUCGCAAUCACCAGCUCGUUUUAUCCCACACAGAUGCAGAGGAAUUGUCAAACGGGGCAAACUGCACCGGAGUGAAAUGAAUUAGAAAGGAGCAGACCUGAUGCAGCUAAAACCCUGCGUGGUCUGCCGGUCAAAGUGGGAUGAAACUUUUUUAAAAAGCUAAAAGAAACAAAAAACGAUUUGGCCAAGGUCUGGUCUGUACAUGUGCAGGACACACCAGCUGAGAUGCUCCACUCUCAGUUCUUGGUCUGGAUUUCAUGCCCAGUCCUGGUUGGCUGCAGUCCUCUGGUUUGAGCUUUGAAAUCUUUUUAAUUUCGCUAAGUCUGUGACCUCGAUGUCUUUCGGUCUCAUCAGGCUUCUUAAUUAGCGUCCAAAGAUUUGUUAUAUCAGAGGACUGAGCAGCCCCCCCACCCCCAAGGACUUCUGCAGAUUGUAUCUGUGUGUGUGUGUGUGUGUGUGUGUGUGUGUGUGUGUGUGAGUGAGUUACAGAGACGGAGAGAGAAACGUUAGAGUGUGUCACGUUCAACCUCUGUGUUCUUGAUGUUCUUGCAUGUUGGCCGGGCUAGGCGAGCUUUGUGGUGGUGUCUUUUGUUUGCUUCACCAGUGUGUUUGGCCCUAUCAUUUCCUUGCCUUGGUGUAUUAUACUGCUGAUGUUACAACUAUUUCAUACUGAGCACCACUGGAAACUACAGUUUAGGGUUAGGAACACACGGUCUGCCAUCGUAGAAGUCUUUCAAUUUCUACAUUCUUGCUACGACCUGAGAGGAUUUUGUUUGGAACACAGUAUUAAAGAACGAAGGGUUUCUACAAUGGCUAACACUAUGAACCUCAUUUAUGAUGAAAGAAACUCCCACAGCCUCUUUCCCAACAGCAUCUUUGGGAUUCAAUUUGUUGAUGUUAAAGACAGAAAGAAUUGUUUGCUGCAACGCGAAAGGGCGAUAACCAGUGAUUGCAGUUCCAGCACUAGGCUCUGUAUUCAGUGUCUCAUAUGUCAUGAAUUAGACAUAGAAAUAAAAGCUGCAGCUAAGUUUAUAUUUAAAAAAAAUUCAAAUCUCAAUUUAAGGUCAACUUAUCAACUUUUUCCGUAGCUUUUGACCACAUCUCACUGUCUCCAUCUACAGAUGUCAUCAUCACCUUUCAGUGAUGAAAGGAGCACUUUCUUUGCUGAACGUACCAUUACAACAACACUUUGUUACAAGUAAAGGUCCUGCAACAGAAAAGUGUACAUAAAGUAUCAAAAGUAAAUGUACAAGUUCUGUCGAGAAAUUGUCCUUGACAGCCAUAUUAAUAAAUACAUUAUUAUAUAUUAGCAGUUCAUUAUUAGUAAUGCAUCAAAGUAAGUUUAAAGUAGCAUUCUACCGUUGUAGCUGGUCAAGGUGGAGCUAGAGAGGUAGUUGAAUCUGGGGGUCAGGCCAAUCGAAGGGGUUGUGAGAUGAUUAAAGGUGAUGAGUAAUUCCCCUACACACAACUAUAUUAUAUUUUUAGGACUUCUCUCUGAUAUUUGCUUGUUAUUCAAAUAAACCAUCUGAACAGUUUAAAGGGGAAAUCUCUUUUUGGUGGAACUUCUAACAACUCAUAGACAUCUGAAAUAUGUGACGAGUAGACUCCAGCUAGAUACAGAUCGUCCUGUAAUGGGCCACAGACCGAAACCAACAGAUUGUGAAUCACUCGUUUAAUCCCGCCAUGUGGUUGAACGCUCCAGAAAAAGAUAGUACUGCAUAAAGGCCAAAAUGUGAGAUGUAUUCCAACACAGUGAUCAUUCCCCGUCUUGAUGCUUUUGGGAAACAGGUCUAUAACUAAUGUGGUCCACACUGGACCUCAGAAAGAUAUCAAAUCAUUUUUUACGAAAUGGAAAUCAAAACAAGCUGUAAAUGUAUUGGAUGGUGGGUAAAAUAAUUGUCAGUUUUGCUCAUUUCGUGUACUUGAAUCUCCUGGCCAACUCUGAUAGAUCUGUGUUGAGUUGCACCAGAUGUUCAGAAAUUCAUCACUAAGUUUGAAGGUCUUUCCUAAGUUCGUAGAUACCUAGUUUCAAACAGAUUUACUACAUCAAGUUGCGAGUUUACGUUAACUAAACCAACACUUUUAGCUCAUUUAGUCAAACAUUAUUGGCAUAACGUUUCGUAAUUUGAGAUAUGUCGUGCUAUUUUUGUGAACUGUAAUUCAAAAUCUUCAAGGUUUAGGUCAUUAUUAUCAAGGUAUGUCAACGAGUACUCCGUGUUAACUCUUUUACUCCUCACUCUGAACGGAUCCUAUAUUAACUUAUCUUAGCAUAACGUUAGCUUUGUCGGUGUAAAUGUUAAUAUGUUAGAACUAGUUAAUGAGUUUUAAUUUAGUGAUGCAUAAAAUUCCACUUAAUAAAAUACGUUAGAACUAUGCUAAGCUGGAAUUUUACGAACAGCUGGUACAACUGGCUCAGCAGAUGCCAUUAUGAAUGAUUACGAAAACAAAGAAAACAAUACUUUACCCACCUGGAUCCUUCCACGUCCUUACAGUAUGUGUUAAAUGGGCUUUGACCUUUAACUGCACCAGACCUGGAUGUUACUAAAUAAACCUACAGUUAAAAUCUGAAACAAAACAACUGUUUGGAAAUCAUUACAAAAUGCUCCAUCUGAAAUAUCUAUUUCUUAUCUACAACAUGGUGUUUUCUAAUGAAUUAUAAUGUUUUGAUGAACCUAUUUCGAGUUGUACACUCGCACAAAAAACGUCUUUAAUUAUUGAAUUGGCUUUUAUCAAACGCUGUGCCAUGGUCUGGUGUAUGAGGUUCAACGUCAUGAAUUAUUCACUGCAAACCCUCAGUAAAUUCUCUUUUCUUUCUUCCCUUUUAGUGCUGAGUUUCUAAACCCCCCCCCCCCCCCCCCCCCCUCCCCAUCCUCUACGAGAAGAGGAGAAAAACAGUAAUACGUUGAAAGUGCUGCUCCUCCAUCUCCCCCGACGGGAUUCACUGUAGAAACCGGGGAGGGAGAUAGAGAGAAAGAGAAAGAAAGAAGACGAGUGGUGGAAAUCACCACUGACGCACUCUGACCUGAACAUUUUCAUCAUCCGUGUGACACAUUCAUAUGCAACCUUGCCGUCGAUCUCAACGAAGAGCAAGGGCACAAUCACAUAUAAGCUAUUUUUAAAGAUGGGAGUAAGAAAAAAAAAAAAAAAGAAUCCCGCCUCAUUUGAACUGAUUUUCAGAGCAAACCACUGCAUGGAUGCUCCCCUAUGACAGACGUGGAUUUGGAGACCAUGCGACGAGGAUGCCCUCUAUUUAACUUAUGUUGUUGCUUUAUUCUUUUUAUUUUAUCAAACUUCAUCCGCAGCUGUUGAUUUCCAGUUGGAUGCCUGAUUAUUUUGGCACUCAAAGCACUAUGCAAGGUGACGGGUGGUUCAUCGUGAUGUCUAACAGCUCCCGGCGGAGUCCGAUCCGGUGUCGGCGCUAAUCUCUGCUGAGCUACAGGACCUCUAACAAGCGGGCUGAAAUCUACUCAUACAUAUCAGAAAACAUCGGCCAUAUCACAUGUACAUUUGACAUGAUCCUGUAUUUGAUAUCAUCAGAAUCUUCCUGGAGACAGCUGACAGCUGACAUCUUGGGUCUUCAUGUUCAACUGACCGGUUUGAAUACCGAGAUCUCAGCUAACGUCAAAGAGCCAGUUUUCAUCCACCUGGUGAUGGAAUUAACCCAAAGACACACAUGGAUGGAAGGACCGGACGAGACAACUGGCCGUGACAUCUGCCGGCUAAAAAACAAAGAUGUGACUAACCCUCUUUCUCACUCUCUCUUUCCCUCUAGAGUGUUUGACCAUCCCCCCCCCUGCAUCUCAGCAUCGCUGCUGCUCCUCCUCUUUAACGAAACUGCAUGGCAUGAACGAAACCAAUUAAAACCAGAAGAAAGACAAGAACACAAUGGAUGGAUUAAAAAAAGGGGGGUGGGGGGAAGAACGGCCGGAGAGACCAUUAGAGAGAGCAUCUUUUUUUUUUUUUUUUCACGCAGCAAUGUCAAUGCAAAUUCAUCAUCACCCACUUUUUAAGCACCCCUCCCCCCUCAAACUGGCUGCUAAUAUUUGCAAAACAGCAUCUCCUGCAGCGAACUGCUUUCUCUGAAGCCACGAUGGAUGAGGAGGAGCCGCCUCCCACUCUGAGGGAAAGAGGGAAGGGGGGGGAGGAGAUUUCUGCAGACCAUACACUCUAUACCUCUGGGGAUGCGGGGCGAGAACAUAUAGAGGCUUUUUAAAGAAAGCAGGUAUUCAGCAGGAGCGGGAGAACAUCUUUGAGAAACUAUUCUAGGGACAAAAAAAAUGGCAAUGAUUGCAAAUUAGAAAUGCAUUUUUAUGACAUUGUUUACCAGCAUGAAUAUUCUGCAUGACUUCUGCAAGCCAUUCUGAUCUCCCCCAUGAAUAACAGGGCUAGAAAUUGAGAAUUUAAAUGUGAAAACUUAACAAAAAUGAUGUUAUAUGCAACAAAUUAAAACAAAUGUAGGAUUAUGUUUAAAAAAAAUGUUUUUAUGAUAAAACACAAAUGAUUAAGAAGAUAGGGGUUGCAACAUCUAUCCUGUUUUAUUUUCUUCACAAGAAAAUGGUAGGAGCCCCACCCCACCCUAACCCCUCUAAAAUCCAAGAAGACUCCUCCCAACUACUGCAAGUAUUUAUUCUGCUACAACAAGUUUGUCUACUACUUCAACUUCUCACCCGACUGCUACUCUGCUUCUUCCUCCUCUUCUUCUCUUUCUUCUUCCUCUUGUAGCCUUUUACUAGAACCCUUAUCAGAAACUCUCUCCAAUGGCAGCUGUGUGUGUCCAUGUGACAAUGUGGACCCAGGACUAUCAAACUGAGCUUGUACUGAACUGUGCGUCCACUCAGAGAUGCCGUUGAUCACGCGCAUUUAAAUUGAAAAUGUCUGUUGUCCCAUUCUUUUGGGACUUUUUCUUGACCUUGAUGUCCACGGCAACGCCACCCUCUCAAGAUAAGAAGGGUCAUCAGAAGCCUUGGGUCAAGGACAUGUCUGAAAAGUUACAGUUGAAGUUUGUUACAUGAUCCAGGCAGGUCUGAAAAGGUACAAGAUGGCUGCCUCAUCAUCCAGGGCUGUUAUUCCACUCUGUCUAAUGAGAAUGUAUUGUCAGGGUUGGUAUUAGAAGUAAUUUAUGUUGUAUAUGGAUACAAAUUAUCAAAGUAUUUGGUAUGUGGCACUGAAGUAGGAACAAACAGGGCCGUAGCCAGGAAUUCAGAAGUGCCGAAGUCCAAAUCCCCUCAGCUCAACUAUAUCCACAUUUUAUGUAAUCAUAUCAUUUUUCAAUUAUUAUAAAUCAAAUUUGAUCUCCCUUACAUUAUUGUUGUCAGGUAUAAAAAAUAGUUUUGCCUAAAAACAAUUGAAAAGAAAACCAAAGAGCCCCGUGCAAAAUUGAAACAAACAAGAAAGUGCAAGAAGCUGUUACGACCUAAAAACAAUCAAAUGAAGUCCAAAAAUCCAAUUUCCUAAUUUCAUGUCACAUACAUACGAAAUGACCUCGGACCUGACCGAACACAAGGAGAGACAAUAUAUAGUUCAUGAGAUUCAAAGUGAUGUCAUCGGCAAUGUUUGCUCCAGUAGCUUUUUCACGGUGUAGCUUUGACCCUUUAACUUGUUUAUUGAAGGGGAUUGAUCAUUUACUAACCCUUGAGUUUACGGAGCCACAAUAUUGCUCAAGUAAAGCUCCCAUAUUGUUCACAUUUUCAUGCUCUUGUUUUUAAAAUAGUGCAGGAAAAUAUUCACUUUCUUUUGGAAUUGUAUGAAAGUGUAGCUUCAUUUAAAGUGUAUUUAUUUUACUGAAUGAGGUUCAGUAUCAGUAUUAAAAUCUUUUUUAAUGAUAAUACCGACUUUAUUGAUGAUCUCAAUUGAAACAAUGUGAGCCUACAAUCACAGCGUAUCUUAUCAGGGUCAGAACUGAAAUUGGAAAACAGACAUCAUACGCAGGCUGCUGGUAAAUGAAGGGAGUAAAGACAGCCCGAGGUUCAACCUAUAGAGUGAAGGCUUUCCUCUGUAUUAUCCGUGAACAUGGCCCGAUUUGCAAAACUUAACUUGCUGGUUGGUGAGAAUGUACGCAAUAACACCAAAAGAAGACACGCAGAUGUUUAGCGUUCAGGUCAGACCAGCAUUAAUGUUUGAACAACAGCUCCUGUUCACGGUGGUUGCCCAUGGGUGAGAGGCAGCCAUCUUGGCUCCAUGUGUUCAAACAGGGUUGGCCAAGUACCCAUGUCAUCAGAAGCAAGCAUGCUCUGCUGGGCUGUGGGGAAAAAAAGUAUUUUCUCAAAAACUGUGGACAGUUUCAAAAAAAGUAGAUAAACAGAAGGAAACACGCAGAUAAUUGAAAUGCCUUGAAAGGUAGCAGAAGCACUGUGUGUGGUCUGAUAGGUAGGCGCUGGACAGAUCUGUUAUCACAAAAAAACUGUAGAUUGUAAUUGUCAUUUCUUUGUCUUCUCAUGUCUAUAUUUCGAAUCUCAUGUGAAUUAAUGGUUAUUUUUGACGGUUAUUAUUACGGCCAUUUGCUCUGUGUUGAUAGGUAUUUGGUUUAUGAAACCAUAUGGGCCAACCACAAAAUAGUUUUGAAACUUUGUAGGUAUGGAUGGAUUACUGAACUGGCCUUGCAGGCACAGGCCGAAUAUCCCAAGGGUAAAGGGUUCCCUGGGCAAGAACCUCUGUUUUCAUGUAACUGAAACCAUUUCUUCUUGGAAAGUCAAUCAAAUUAUGACAAACGGACACAAAGUGACUCAAAAUGACUACAAAGUGAAGCAAAACGACAACAAACAGACACAACCGACCAAAAAUCACUCAAAACUACUUAAAAGAAACACAAAUGCCCUACAAAGACAUGCACAAUGAUAACAAAGAGGCGCAAAAUAACUACAAGGAGACUCAAAAGCUACCGCAAAGCAACUGUAAAGACACUUAAACACAGAGAAUCUUUCAGUCUUGGGGCUUUUUACAUGCUUGUGCCCAGGGCCCGUUGUCUCGUAAUCCAUCCAUGUGUGUUCAUUCAUUUUGUGGCUGACAUAGAGUAGGGCUAUAACAAACACCCAACCAAAACAUGUUCGUUCAUGACUUGUUCCCCUGAUUAAUCUUUGAUGCUCUUGAAUGACAGAAAACAAACAUUUGACGGGCAGACAUAUCCGUACUCUCCUGUUGUCACUGCUUUUGCCAAACUCAUCAGCCAGAAAGGUGUAUCAGCUGUACUUCACGCUUUUCAAUAAGGGCUAUUGAGCUAAAAUAGUCUACCAUUGGGAUGUGUGGACUGCACCCUCACACAAUGUUUCUUUGUACCCAUUGUCACAUUGCUGGGCUGCUAGGGGACAACAUUUUCUGCAAGCUACAUUCUUUGUAUUGAACUGAAUUCUUGGAAUUGGCAAUUCAUGCAAGAUGUGCUGGGUCUGCGACAUUAAAUUGAUUUAGGUUCAUAUGCGCAAUAGAACACAAUAUUACCAAGGACAGCAGAAAAGGUCCUUUGCGCACUUGAUGAAUUGCGGAAUUGGACAGUGCUGUGCACUCACUUUGCUUAAGUAUUUUGAGGAUUAAUAAACAUUAUAAAGAGCGCAUGCAGCUACUGAAUCCAAUAACUUGAAUGGCCACGACUGAAAAAUACUUCAUCACCUGUCUGGUUCCACUUUUGGUUUGCACUACAUUGUGCAUUAUGUACUGUUUGGUAUUCAUUCUCUGUUGAAAAUGACUGUAUAUUGUCACAGUCCACAACAUAAAGAAAUCAUUGAGAGUUUUUCAGACAUACACACUAUCCUCUGUAUCAUUCUAGGGUCUAGAGUCUUGACAAAUUGCAUGGGGCCAAAACUGGAAUAGAAGACGGGGCCUAUCUCAGGAAUACACAGUAUCAGCAAUCCGAGAGGUGGAAUGUCGUGAUGCUGCAGUAUGUAUUUUCAGGAAAGUUUAAAUUUUCAAAUAAUAGUUUCGAAUGAACAUUAUGAUCCUUUCAGUGGAUCCCGCUACUUGAAGCGCGGAAGUAAAUCUUUCUGUAUUUUGGUCUAUACUGUGUCCAACUGUCCUUCCACACUGCACUAGGUCUCAUUGCUUCCAGGGUGUUCUGCUUUUUCUAUGUGGUACUGUAUGUGACAGGAAUCAGAUCCGAUGUUUCAUAUCACUUGUCUUCUUAAAGGUUUAAAGUACAGCUUCAGAUAUGUCAAUGAUAAUAAUAGCCUACCAUGUACCGUACUGUAGCUAUACCAAGGUGAACGCAACUUCCUUCAUGAAUCGUUUUGGUUUUAUAUUUCCUUCUGCAUUUGUUUACAUGUCAUAUAUAUUUCAUAAAACAUGCAAUUAUGAUGAAUUAUGAUCAUGAAGAUUAUGACAAUGGAUCGAUAAAUGCUUUUGUUUUCAAGCAUGCAGUGAGCAUAAAGAUAGCCUAUGCAUGCGCCAGUUGGGUUGAAGGCUUCAUGGUAUUAGGCUGUUGGAGAAAAACUGUUUAUGUGUCUCAGAUGGGGUUUGGGGGGUUUAGUCAGGGGGGCUAAUGUGGCUAUUAUAGAUAACCGAGACAGAAGACUAUUAACCUGGUCAUACACCUGUCUCUGCAGAAUGAAUGCCUACAAGGUGACUUCUAUUAUGGCCUUACCCCUCACUGUAGAUGUAAAACGUAAAGGUUUUAGAGCAAUAAAACAGUACGUAAUUGAGCCAGCCAUGUUAUUACACAAUAUUGCCAAUCCAAAUUUUCCAUACAUAUUUGUGUUGCUACCUACAGGCUGUGAAAGUGAUGCAGCAUUAAAGGUAUAUGACACAAAUGUAUUGACCAUCCAUAAAGCUGGAAGUCUUGUCAGAGGCAGAUUAAAAAAGCAAGGGUGAAAAUGUAAGCAGCUAAGGCCAAGGUAGUUUGACUUUUAUUCCUUAGCAUGGGUCAAGCGCUAAAAAGGCCAGCUCAUACCAUUCCCAUAAUGCCACAGAAUAGUGUUUGCUAUUUGACCCUUGCUGCCAGGUAAACUCUGCAUUUUGCAACGUAGGCUCAGUUAAAAACUCUCCUGGGUCUUAGAA